UAUAGCAUACUGAUUUAAUGACGACUGUUGCGCGUACUUAUCUGAUAUUUUGUGUUUGUCUUUUUUUUUUUUGCAGUUGGUCACCCGAAUAUUGCCACCUACCCCGAGGAUUGGAAGACAAGUGCCCGAACCGUUGCGCUGCAGAAACAAGAUUAUUGGGAGAAUUUUACUCGGGAUAGGACUUGCAGAUCUAUUGAUCGAAUCGCCAACAGGGAUUGGAUCUCGGACUCCCUCCCUCUUGUUAAUCAGUCAACGACGAAGAGAUUGUCGCUUUUUACUCGAGCCGAGCAGAAAGAAAUUAAUCGAGCUAGAUCCAUGAAGCAAUUACCAGAUCUCAGUCUCAUCGUGGCCGGGAAGUUAGGUACCCAAAAGGGGACUUCUGGGGGUAAGGUUGGUACUUCGGGGCCGGAGACUACUGACGCUGUUCCUGUUACCGCCGAGCAAGCACCUACCGGCGGUUCUUCUCAGGGGAAGAAUUCAAAGAAGAAGAAGAGAAACAUGGAGGCUCGGAAGGAGCCUAAUGAUGUGGAGCGAACCGACGUGGGUGAUUCCUCCAAGAAGGAUGGGAAGAAGAGGAAGGCCGGGGAUCCGCCUGUAGAAGACGCUCCCAAGAAGAAAAAGAUGAGGAAGAAAGAUUCCUCCUUGCCCCGACCAUCCUCAGUUUGUGAGGAGGAACUCCAGGCUUUGGUCCCUGAUGCUACUCCCGAGGCUGGAACCUCGGAUGAUGACGAGAACGAGACCAUCGCCUUGCGUCGGCGGAGACGAGAGGGUCAGACGACAGAAGGAGGGUCUCUUGGAGUCUCGACGGGAGAUCGGGGCGUCUUGGAGGUUCCGAGGAAAUUGCAAGCUUCCGGGGGACAGCAAGUCCGCCUGAUGGGCGAUUCCUCAGCUCAUAUCACGGAGGGAUCUGAGACCCGCGUGUCCGGACGUCCCAAAGAGACCCCGGAAGAUGGGUUCAAGUUUGAGUUUAAUCGCGAGCUUCCGUUAGCUUGUUACCCAGAAGAUUGUGCUCGUUUGCUGCAAUCGGUUAAGGGCGGCCCCGACCAGCUUCCUCCGGUAGGGGAUCUCCUCUUUAAGGACGAGUAUGAACACGCCGCUUGCUCGUCUGUUAAGGUAAGCGUUUGCCCGCGCUUUUCCAUCACUUGUUCUCGAUAUUUUGUCUAACUUUUUCUUUGUUGUGCCCUGAUCAGAGUCAAGGCGAUUGGAACGUACUCGUUGAGAAGUACGAUAUGGCGUUAAGGCGAACCCGAGAGCAGGUUCGUGAGGGCGAGGAAGCUAGGAAGAAAACCGAGGAAGCUCUCCGAAUUGCGUUGCGAGACAAGUCCGACGCGAUUACUCGGGAAAAAGCCCUCAGAAAGGCGUUCGACGAGACGAGGACGUCUGACGCGGCGGAAUUGCAAAUGUGCAAAGAGUCCAUGAAGAACCUCGAGUUGGUGCUGGACAAGGUGGCAAAGGAGAAGGCCGAGUUAGAGAAGGCAAGGGCUGCGGAGUCGCUGAAGUACGAGGAAGAGAUGAAUAGGCUUCGGAAGUCUCGCAGGUACGAAGUCACGCAUGAGAGGAUCCGCGUGAUGAUCGCUAUGAUUGCCAAGGCCGAAAAACGCUUUCAUAGGAUUUCUCUUCGGGAAGCGCGAAGGGACAAGUACGAAGAGGCUCGAUGCCUGCAAGGCCAAGCUUUCGGGACGAGGAGAUGUCUCGAGCGGAUCAAGGAUGCGGGAACUGAAAUCCCGCCGGAGAUUAUCGAGACUUUUGCUGGGCAGGAGGAGCAUUACAAGCGGGAAGCAGCUCGUCUCGAGGUUAAGGAGAUUCCUGAGGAAGAUCUUUGCCUUUCUCCGUUGGUGUUGGAAUCUCGGUUCUUAAUCGACGAGGUUUGGCGGCAGAUCGAUCCGUUCGGAUCGAAUAUUGAUUUGAUCGACUCUGAAGCCGCUAUUGCUCUCCGAACUCCCCGCGCUAAUCGAGAUCCACCCCCCGAAGAUCAGAUGAAGGAACCCGCCCAAACCGCUGGAUCUUCCACCCAGCGCGCUGACCAAGAUGCUGAUCUUACGAAGCAAACGUCGAUGGAUGCGGUCAUUCCGGAGGACGGAGCUGUGCCUACCAUUGUCCUGACUGAUUCUCCUACGAAGGCGUCUAAAAAUCUAAGUUCUUCGACGUCUUCUUCUGAAGAGCUUAAGAAGGAUGGCGGCGUUUCUGCGGGUCGUCCGGAAGGCGUUUCCACGGCGAACGAGGACCCACCGAUCCUAACUUUUGGUCGUAUCUCGGGUCCCGGGGAGAAAGAUGGCACGGUGAGCAAAGAUCCCCCGGCUAUUUGACGGAUGAAGACCGCUG